AUGGCUACUUCAAAUGGGAAAGGUGAGAAAGUGUCCAAAUUUGAGACAUUGAAGCUUUUGGAGAAAUGCAGAAAAGAAAGAGAUGAUGCCAUGCAGAGAGAAAGUCUUCUCAGAGAGAAACUCAGACAGAAUGAGUCGAGGAUGCGCUCAACUGAGGCCGUGAGACAGAAACUGAAGACCUUGACUACGGACAACAAGGAGCUGAGGAAACAAGUGAAGGCUCUUCGUUCUGAGAUUGGACUUGAGUGCAGCCCUAAAUUCAAUGGAAAGACCACAAAGGACAUUAUCAACGACAUGCAUGAAAAGGACCGUGAGUGCAGUUCCCUGGUGGAGAAGACCGGGAAACUGAGUCUGACCAUUGAUGAUCUGACUUCAGAGUUGGCAAAUACAGUCACCUCUAAAACACUUUUAGAGGAUCAAGUGCAAUCAUUGCAGCAAAAUCUCAAGGAUAUGACAAAUAAUCAACGCCGCUUGCUAAAGUUGUGGGAAGACAAGAAGGUUCAAAGGGAGCAGCUUGCUCUGCCUGCAAUUGCCCAGAAACCUGUGCAGAAGCCAUUCGUCCACAAAGCAGUUCAAACUGAGAUGUCCGUUGGUUCAUCGCAAAAGCUUCCAGUCAAUGCUUUCGAGACCAAGCCAUUCUCUCGGGACCAUGACAAAAAUCUUUUGGAUAAACACAGUUUUCCAGCCUUUGGAAAUGGCUAUCAUCAUGACAAGAAGGCUUUCAUGCAUGAUGAAACCAAAGGAAUAAAGAAUUGA